AUGCUUCAGUUUAAUGAGGCUGGAGCAACAACUCUGAACAUUCCUGACACUGUGGGUUAUAACAUGCCAAGUGAAUAUAGUGAGUUGAAUUCUGGCAUAAAAUCUAAUACCCCUGGAAUUGAGAAUGUUAUCAUUUUGACUCACUGCCAAAAUGAUCUUGGACUUUCUACUGUCAAUACUAUAGCGGUAUGCCAUGUUGAGCAGCCUGACUUUGCUGCGGUUGAGGUGGAAGAAAAGAAGGUCUCUGAUCAGGCUAGUGAGGAGAAUGAAUUGAUGUUGGAUGGUGGAUUUGGGUGCCUCCAACAAACGCAUUUGGCCACACUUCAGUGGAAAUUGAGAGAAGGUGAUUCACAAUUCUUGGAGGAUGAAAGCACAAAAAAAAUUUCACGUAAAGUGGAAGAUCAUUAUAGUGCAAGGACGAAUCAGACGCUGGAAGAACGAGAAGCUAAUCCAAUCAUCCAUUUAAAAAAGCUUAACAAUUGGAUUAAGAGUGUCUUAAUUCAACUCUAUGCUAGCAGAGGAGAUGUUGUACUUGAUCAUGCAUGUGGCAAGGGGGGUGAUCUCAUCAAAUGGGACAAGGCCAAAAUUGGAUAUUAUGUUGGCAUAGAUAUCGCUGAAGGCUCAGUUGUCAUGACCUUAGAUUGUCGUGGGGAUCAUGUGCUUGAGGGGCUUUAUAACAAGCAAGAUGGAUAUACUGCUUUAGGUCACAGAGUAUUAAUUUGUAAUGCUUUUGAUGGUGGUGUUGGUUUCAGUCCUCCUUAA